AUGAAACAAUAACUAAAUUACACGCUUUGGAUUAGUUUCCUGGUUUCAACUGUUUUGAUCUACCUAUUUUUCAGUUCAGGGGAAUUUAGUUUCAUUUUAACACUGGCUUGUGGAAUACAAUGUUUUGGAUUUGGAUUAGUAUUUGUGACAAUUUCAAUAACCAAAGAGACAAGUGGAUUAAGUAGAUAGACCUUUAUAUGUUGUGCUUAAGCGUUGUUGGCUAGAUUAUUCUCAAUUCUGACUUUCGAAGUACGUUGAUUGUACAUAAAUUAGGGUUAUUUGCCUUCAGAUGCAACAGGUGAUUAUGUGUAUAGAUUGUUUGAAAUUUUGUCACUCGUCUUUUGCAUAUUGACAGCAUUCAGCAUAAAAAAUAACAAACAAGAAUUGUUUCAAUGGUAUUACUUCACUCCUUUGAUGUUGGUGACUGCUUAUUAUGUGCAUCCAGGAUUGAAUUCGCAUUCAUUUUGUGAUAUCUCUUGGGUGUUUGCUUUAUACAUGGAAUCAUUUGCAAUAUUGCCACAAAUACACCUUUUCACAAAGAGAGGUUAGAUUUUAACAAUAAUAUAGAGGGAAUAAUUGAAUAUCACACAUCCAAUUUUGUAAUCACUCAAGCUCUCAACAAAGUAAUCUGCGUGAUCUUUUGGUUUUAUUCUUACGAGGAACUUAAUCGAAGCUCAGAUGAGUCAACCAUAAGUGUGGCUCCUUGGUUGAGUGGCUAUUUUGUGAUGGUGGCUCAAAUGAUUUCAAUUGUAUUUAAUUAAGUAAAAUUAGGUCAUCACAGCAGAUUUUGUGUUUAAGUAUUUCCAAAGUUGGAAACAAGGCAUUCCUUUGGUUAUGUUACCUUCAUGAUGUAGAAAAUAAUAAAAAAUUACAAUAUAU